AUGAGAGGUGUACCAAACUACUACCAUUCUUACACCUUCUUCUUCUUUAUCUUAACUCUUUUUCCUUCGUUCUCUAUCUCUGCAAACUCUUUGUCGGCUACAGAAUCUCUAACAAUCUCAAGCAACCAAACCAUUUUAUCUCCUGGUAAUAUCUUCGAGCUUGGUUUCUUCAAACCUUCUUCAAAAUCUCGUUGGUUUCUUGGGAUUUGGUACAAGACAAUCCCUAAGAGAACCUAUGUAUGGGUUGCAAACAGAGACUCUCCUCUCUCUAACCCCAUAGGAACUCUCAAAAUCUCCGACAACAACCUCGUCAUUUUCGACCAAUCCGAUAAACCAGUUUGGUCGACGAAUCUAACCGGAGGAGACGUGAGAUCUCCGGUGGUAGCAGAGCUUCUUGAUAACGGUAACUUCGUGCUAAGAGACUCUAACAACAACAAUCCUAAUGGUUUUUUGUGGCAGAGUUUCGAUUUUCCGACGGAUACUUUACUACCGGAGAUGAAACUAGGAUGGGAUCUCAAAUCCGGAUUCAAUAGUCCUUCCAAACCAAGAGGCUUACCGUACAAAGCAAAGUUACUGAGACUCUUUAAGCUAAAAUCAUGUUUCAUUCUUAUUUCAAAUAGAAGCUAA